AUGGAAGGAUCACUAGUGAACUCCAGAGAAUAUACCAAGUGUGAGUUAAGUCCUAUGCAGUACAUGGAAGGAUUACUAUUCGACGGCAACGCAGCCUUCUCCGGCGGCGGAUUUAUGCCUUCUCAGACCACUCAAGGCACUGACCCUUCAUCGGUUUCAUCCAAGAAUCGCGAUGCUCAGUCCUUGCUUCCUCUAACAGUGAAGCAAAUAUACGAUGCGUUUCAGUCAAGCGAUGAUAAAGUCACUUUGACUGUUGACGGUGUGGACGUUAAUACUGUUACUCUUAUAGGAAGGGUGUGCAACAAAGCUGGACGAAUUACUGAUGUUACUUUUGUGCUUGAUGAUGGUACUGGGAAGAUUGAGUGUCAAAAAUGGUUUCAGGAAGCUGCUGAUAUAAAUGAAGCAGAGCCUAUCUUGGACGGAAUGUAUGUGAGGCUCCAUGGACACUUGAAAAAUUUUCAGGGUAAAAAGACCUUUAAUAUUUUCUCUUUCAGGCCUGUGACUGACUUUAAUGAGGUUGCUAGUCAUUUCAUCGAUUGCAUACAUGUGCAUCUCUACAAUUCCAGGGUUCGGAGUAGUGUCCCCAGUCAGCAACAUGUUAUGAAUUCCACGCCAAUUACUCACAAAAUGGGUUAUCAAUCUCAAGUUGUUCCACCAACUAAUCAGUUCUCUGAUCACCAUAUCAAUGGUCAGAAGAGUGUUGAGAAUAUGGUCUUAGAUUUUCUGCAUCUUCCCACCAACAGGUCUAGGAAUGAAGGAGUCCAUCGUGAUCUUAUUGCACAGCAUCUUGAAAUUUCUUUGGAUAAGCUCAUGGUGGCUCUUAAAAAUCUUAUCGAUGAAGGUGCCGUUUAUGAAACUAUAGCUGAUCACUAUAAGUCAAUCAUCAACGUGGAAGUAGCAGAUUACGAAGGCGCCAGCAUCACGUGUGGUUCACUCCACCACAACUUCCACCGCCCUCUUGGUCUUGUUCCUGAAAUGGCACGUGGAAACAGAGCUCUUCCUUCUCAAGUCACGUGCGGAGGUGGUGACACUUUCUUUUUGGUGGCGAUUCAGACAAGUGUCCGCAUCGUCCGGGGUCAAAGUGUCCUUUCGGGAGCCAGCCACCAUCGGAGAGGAAUUAUUGUUUACACGAUUGAAGAAUAUCUUUGGGUGGAGAAGGAGAAGCCUCUCACAAAUGGUUCAAGGCUCACCCCGUUAUGGGUGAUGGGUCACCGUGUCCCCCUCCUCUUCCCUCUUGCUUCCCUACAAUCAUACAAUGAACAUCACUAA